AUGAGAUAUGAUCCUGGUAGAGUGACGUGUGAUGUAUUCCUCAUCGCAGGUUUGUGCGCCAACAGACAGCCUCUGUUCUUGUCCCCAAUCCCGACAACCCUAGCUGCGGAAGGGGACGACGUCACACUCACUUGCCUGGUCUACAACCUCGGACCUCACAAGGUAUCCUGGUACCGAGCCGAGUCCGGGGAAAUGCUAGUUUUCGAGACUCGGGUGCUGAGCCCCGACGAGCGAGUCCGCGCCGAGCACACGAGGCCCAACUCGUGGCUGCUGCGCAUCGCCCAAGUACGGACGUCCGACGCUGGCUUGUACGCGUGCGUCGUGGACUCCACACCGAGGCUGUCGCAGCUCGGGGCACUCGAAGUACGGCCGCUACGGGGUGACGAAAGAUCCUCGCGCCUCCCACCGUCCAAUUCGGGGUCACGGACGAGCUCGGCGAUUCUCCGAAAGCCUCACCGAGACCUGAGGCAGUGGAAGAAGAGGAAACAUCGUUUCGUUCAGGAGCCCAGCGAAAAUAAAGGAAAGCGACGCCCUAGACAGGCAGUGACUGUUCACAAGGACGAGCCCUACUUUGCGGAGCCCAUUCCAAGUUUGACGGUGGCCGCAGGUCGCAAUGCGGCUUUGAAGUGCGUCGUUGAGAACCUAGGAAACUACACGGUGGCGUGGCUGAACGUGGACAAGCAGACGUUGCUGGCACUGCACACUCACGUGAUCGUACAGAACGACAGGAUCCGCGUGAGUCACGGCAGCCUGCGAAGCUGGCAGCUCGAGAUUCGCGACGUCAAGCCCGAAGACACUGGCUAUUACAUGUGCCAGGUGAACACCCGACCGAUGAAGAAUCAGGUCGGCUACCUCAAUGUCGUCGUGGCUCCCUACUUCGUGGACGCCUUCACAGCACGCAACUUGACGGCCCGGGAGAACAGCAACGUGAGCUUUCGGUGCGAGGCCAGCGGAAAUCCCGAACCCAAGAUUACGUGGAGGAGGGAGGACGGACAGUCCUUUCGCCUUGGAGACCAAAAAGUGUCCGUGUACCGUGGCCCGGAACUUCACUUCCCCAGGGUAUCCCGGUCCCAGAUGGGGGCGUACCUCUGCUUAGCCUCCAACGGUGUUCCACCUUCCAUCAGCCGGCGCAUUUUUCUAGAGGUCACGUUCACUCCGAUGAUCUGGGUGCCGAACCAAGUGGUUGGCGCGGCUCUGGGAAGCAGCGUGGCGCUCGAGUGCCACACGGAAGCCCACCCUGCGUCGGAGAACUUCUGGUUCCGCAGUUCGCGCCGACUCGACGGGGACCUCUCGGCCAACGGGCUCAAGCACAAGAAGCCCAAAAGGCACGAGGCGUCAACCACAAAGACGGGACUCAAGGUGUAUAUGAAGCUGUCUAUGUGGAAUCUGCGCAAGGAAGACUACGGAACUUACCACUGCGUGGCGCAGAACGCCCUGGACAGAACAGAAGGAAAAAUACAGCUUCACGAAAUUGCAGCACCCUCUGGAAAAACAGAGCCGCCGCCUGAACUUCCAGUACCUGUGACAACGUCGGAGCGAAACCAAGGUGGCACCGACAAGCAAUCCAGGACGCCCAAGAGCGACGUUGUCCCGGGUCCCCGUCAGACAGAUAAGGGCCAGGGCCGAUGGGCCAUCCAGCAUUUUCAAGACGGCAGCCACGAAAAAAAGGAGUCUUCCAGAGGACGUGCCGGUGAGGACAUAGAGUUAUUAUAA